AUGCCCGGUCGCCCUCCCAAGCGACCGGCGGAGGCUGGCGAUCCUGCGACCACAGAUGCUGACACGGCUGCUGCUGCCGCUGUCGCUGCUGGCAAGGUGAAGCUUCCGCGCCUCGAUAAAGGCGGCCAGGAGGACUUCUCCUCCGUUGUUAAGAACCGUUUGUCUUCCUACACGAGGACCGGCCAGGCUUGCGACAGAUGCAAGGUCAGGAAAAUCAGAUGCGAUGCUCUCCCCGAAGGAUGCUCCCACUGCGUCAACCAGAACCUCGACUGCUUCGUAACCGAUCGCGUCACCGGCCGAACCGAACGACGAGGAUACAUGCAAGAGCUCGAAAGAGAAAAGACCGACAUGCUCAACCAUAUUCGCGACCUCGAGAAGCUGCUUGAAAACACUGGCACCGAAGUCAAGCCUUGGAACUGGUCCCCCUACGGCAUGGCCUACCCUCCUCCUGGUGUGACCUACGACCACAUGGGCAACGCCAUCGAGGAUCCCGCCGAGAAAGAUGCCUGGACCAAAGUAGGAUCCGUCUGGGUCAAGAAUUACAACUUCAAGCCCGCUGCUGGCCGUUCGUUUCCUCGCUCCGCCCUUGAAUCACGCCCUGCCCACAACCACCUUGGUGUUGGCUCCGACAGCGCACCCCUCAGCUCCAUCAAGGGAACUCAGUUGUCCAUCCUCGGAACCACGAUAGACGUCACCUCAUUCGACGCCCCCGACAUGGACGAGCCCGUCCCAGACGCAAAGAUCUCCCAGCCCUUGUACAACAAGUCUCUGCAGUCCUUCCUGCAGUCAUGUAUGAACAUCAACCCGCCAGUCCAGAUUGAGCUCCCCUCGAGGAGCGAUGCCUUCACCUACUCCGAAUGGUACUUCCUAAUGAUCUGGCCUUUCCUCCCUGUCCUUCACAAGCCAUCAUUCAUGAACAUUCUGACUCGUAUGUACGACGAGCCCGACUUCGAGCCGUCCGUUCCCGACCUGGUCAUGGUGCACAUGGUCUUCGCGACAAUCUACUUCCAGUACGGCGUAAGGAAUUGGGAACAGCAAGAAACUCGUUCUCAGCUCAACGAGCUUUCCAACAAGCACUACCACUUUGCUCUGAGCAAGAUGUACGACCUGGCCUCGGCGCAAUCCGUCGCCGCCGUCCAGGCCAUGGCCAUGAUAUCUGCUCACAGCCGUGCCUUUCCUAAGCCUGGCUGCGGUUCCAUGGUCACCAAUUUCGCGUUCCACUGUGCCAUCGACUUGAACAUGCACCGCGCGGCCAAGGCUCCUGGCGAGACGACCAAUCUGGAAAACGAGAUCCGCAAACGGACUUGGUGGACUAUUCUUACCGUCUAUGUCACCCUUAACGGCCGCCUCGGACGUCCAAUGCCGAUAAAUGUCGAGGAAUACGACGUGGAUUUUCCAGAACCCAUCGCAGACGAGGCACUCACGCCCGAAGGCGUAGACGCGUCGGUGACUACACCCUGCACAUACCAUGUUGGUCUUGCUGGCUUCAAGAUUGUGCCUCUUUUCAUGGAGAUGUACUCCAACAUCUACAGCGUGAAGCGCGACCCGAAAAACUACGCCGACGUCGUCAAUGCCUUGGAGGAGCAACUCCAGAUGUGGAAGGACAACCUGCCCGAAAACCUGCAACUCAACCUGUCCAGUCAGUCAGAGCACGAAGGACGCAUGUAUGCUCUGUACGUCCAGAUGUAUGCCCUGGAGUUCCGUCUUUGCCUACGGCAUCCGUCUGUGGCCAUGACCAGCGACCGGAAGAUGCAGCUUGAGAACGCCCGUAUCUGCGAAGAGACUGCGGCGCAUAUGCUGAAGGCCAUCAAGAGCCUACUGAAGCUCAAGUCAUUGGAUACGACAUGGUAUCAGAUGGCAGUCUACGGCGCAGCUAUUUUCACAACUCUGGUAGCUCACUGGGAGCGGAGGUUCGAAACGACACCCAGUCAGAUCGCCAGCAUUCGCGAAGACAUGAAGGAUUGGAUGGAAAUCAUCAAUGCCACAGUUUCCCUCCUAGGAACGGGAGCCGGCAUCAGCAACGAGAUCAAUCUCAUCAUCGAGAGAACCAUCAGCUGGAUCGAGCACGACUCGAAACAAAAGGAGUCUUCACUUGCCCCGACGAUCAAGCCCGACCCAGGAGACUCGUCGUCACCUUUUCAGCUGGCCCCCCAGUCUCAGGGCACACAAAACCUGGCCGCCAACGCUGCUGAGACGGCCGCCAAAGCGUUCUAUGCCGACUCAGCAAACCAGAACGGAAGCACACCGUAUCCGUCAUUGGCGUACGCAGAGCAGCCGGCGAACAACAACAUGGCGGCCGCGGCUGGCUUCGAGGCAAAUAACGGAUACCCGUACACGCCUGCAGUGCAGGCGACCAACGCGGCAGACGAUAACUCGGCGGAGACCAAUCCUCUGAUCGCCUUUGCUUCCCAGGCGACCCAACAUGUGUCAGAUCCUACGGGCUCGGCCGCCGCUGCGGAGCUUCUAUGGCGGCAAUCGGCGUCUCAGGGCAACACAUGGCACGACUGGACAGCCGCCAUGGCCGACAGCCAGGAUAGAUACAGCGCUAACGCCCUCCUCACAUUAGGCGGCGGCUCUAGGGAUCCGGGUGCGGUGUCGGAAGCCGCAAGUGUCGCCGAUAUGGCGGCCGUCACAGCUGCUCCGGUAGGCCAGUGGCCUCUUCUUCUCUUUGAUGGCGCGGGUACUGGGGGCCAAUAA